AUGCAGGUCGAGAAUUGCAUCUCGCCGGCGAGUGAUCUCUCCAAGAAAUUUAUGAAUGUGGGCAGUGGCUUUUCGAGCUCCAAUGGAUCAGAGCUUUCGUUGCAGGACCAUCCUAUUAUAUCUGCAAGUGACAACCUGGAGAGAAGUUCACCUCUGAAAAAAAACUCCAGGGAGAUGACGAAUCAGUCAGAGGCAGACAAUUUUCCCGACUCCAAGGACGCAUCAGGGGACGUCCAGAGGGGCAAACUCUCUCCUGAUCUUCACGGAGUCUCUGACAUCCGUCAUAAUUUCGAUGGAUCUGCAGGAGAAAGGUGCAUCUUUUCUCCAUCUACCCAGCCGCAGUCAGUCUCAGCAGCUCCCAGUGCCAUGUUCCCUUACCCGAGCCAGCAUGGACCAGCGCACCCGGCUUUUUCUAUUGGAAGUCCCAGCCGAUACAUGGCACAUCAUCCGGUCAUAACCAAUGGAGCUUACAACAGCCUUUUAACCAACACUUCUCCUCAAGGCUACCCGACAGCGGGUUACCCUUACGCGCAACAGUAUGGACACACAUACCAAGGAGGUGCUUUUUACCAGUUCUCCUCAGCGCAAGCAGGACUGGUUCCGGGGAAAGCGCAGGUAUAUCUGUGCAACAGGGCCCUGUGGCUGAAGUUUCACAGACACCAAACAGAGAUGAUCAUCACAAAGCAAGGACGACGAAUGUUUCCAUUUUUAAGCUUCAACAUUUCUGGCCUUGACCCAACUGCCCACUACAAUAUAUUUGUGGAUGUAAUACUCGCCGAUCCAAAUCACUGGCGAUUUCAAGGAGGAAAGUGGGUGCCUUGCGGAAAAGCAGACACGAAUGUCAUAGGCAAUAGGGUUUACAUGCACCCGGAUUCGCCAAAUACCGGUGCGCACUGGAUGCGUCAAGAAAUAUCAUUUGGAAAGCUAAAGCUCACAAACAACAAAGGUGCCUCCAACAACACGGGGCAGAUGGUGGUUCUCCAGUCUCUCCACAAGUACCAGCCCAGGCUCCAUGUGGUGGAAGUAAACGAGGAUGGGACAGAAGACACCAACCAGCCAGGAAGAGUCCAGACUUUCACCUUCUCGGAAACGCAAUUCAUCGCUGUCACAGCUUACCAGAAUACCGAUAUUACGCAACUGAAAAUUGAUCACAAUCCGUUCGCUAAAGGAUUUCGGGACAACUAUGACACUGUCUACACAGGCUGCGACAUUGACCGCCUAACUCCAUCACCGGGUGACUCUCCGCGUUCACAGAUCGUGCCGGGUGCGAGAUAUGCCAUGCCUAGCUCUUUCCUGCAGGACCAAUUUGUCAGCACUUAUGCCAAAUCUCGCUUUCACCCUGGCGUGGGGACUGGGCCUGGCACGGAGCGCAGCGUCCCACUCGGCAACAGCUUGCUAUCCCCGCAGCAAACCGAGGAGCCCAGUGUUGCUACCCCCCCGCAGCGAUGGUUUGUCACCCCUGCCAACAACCGACUGGACUUUGCUGCCUCGGCAUACGACGCCGCUGAUUUUGCCGGUAACGCGGCCACCUUACUGUCCUACGCAGCGGCCGGAGUGAAGGCUCUUCCCCUGCCGACUGCAGGCUGCUCCAACCGGCCUCUUGGCUAUUACGCAGACCCGUCUGGCUGGGGAGGACGCACGCCGCCGCAGUAUUGUGGUGUAAAUAGUAAAUCCAGCUCGGUCUUUUCCUGCUGGCCCACUAACACCAUCGGUGGCAGAACAGGCACUAGCUACCUGUCCGAGGAGGGAGACUCCAUCACCACAGAGAGAUCACCCAUCGGCGGCUCAGAGGAGACCAAACCUAAAGACAUGACGUCUGAGUCGAGCUGGAUUGAGACGCCGUCCUCCAUCAAAUCCAUCGAUUCGAGCGAUUCUGGUAUCUUUGAACAGGCCAAGCGGAGAAGGAUCUCACCUUCUGCAACACCGGUUUCAGAGACAGUGUCCCCGUUAAAGUCUGAGCUGCUGACACCGAGAGAGUGUGAGAAAAACUGCACAAAGGACAUUGGUUAUUACAGUUUCUAUCCUCACAGUUAAAACAAAGCACAGUCUAUCUAUCUAUCUAUCUAUCUAUCUAUCUAUCUAUCUAUCUAUCUAUCUAUCUAUCUAUCUAUCUAUCUAUCUAUCUAUCUAUCUAUCUAUCUAUCUACAGGUUAAUCAAUAAAAAGUAUAAAAGGACUGACAUUCACAGUUAAUGGCCAAAGUGUAAAUUCUUCAACUACAGUUUUGCCAUAAUUCUGGCGCCUUGUUUCCACACUGUUAAGUCAGAAAACACUGUAAUUAUGAAUAUAAUGUACAUAAUACUGAACAUUUUGGUGAUAGUGACUGAAUGUACACAGAACAGAUAAAUGAUUCAAAAGUAGUUGUUUAAAAAAAAGAAAGAAAAGCGGAGCCUCUUCUGUUAAGUAGCCUACACUGUUAGAAUUAAAGAUAUUGAGCAUCUGUACAUAAAUAAUGUUCUUGUGUAGCAUAUACUGGCACAAUAAUCCUUGUCAGUGACAAAAAAUAUGUAUUUUGUACUUUAUCAAAGCAGUAGGCUACCAGAGGUUUAAAUGACGUUACCGAUCACUGCUACAUUCAUAAUACAUGUGGUGAAAGAAAUCAUAAAUGUUGAUAAUGUAGACUUAGGGUCUUUUAUUUACGUAUGUUUUAUUUGUACUUAAUUUAGCCGGUCAUUUUUUUUUCAUAGCCUCCAUGCUAUGCUGUUGUGAAAUUCUUCGUAUCUGCUGUAAUGUGACUG